AUGGUUGCUGAAGAACUGAAGAUUCAGACUGCAUUGCAUCUUGCUGCAUGGCAGGGGCAUGUAGAAAUUGUGAAAACUUUGCUUGGAAGGGAUCCACAACUAGCAAGAAGAAAUGAUAAGAAAGGACAAACUGCUUUGCAUAUGGCAGUAAAAGGUGUUAGUAGUGAAGUUGUGAGGUUGAUUGUCGAUGCAGAUCCAGCUAUUGUCAUGCUUCCAGACAAGUUCGGAGCCAUUGAGCCGCUCAGAGAGAUAGAGAGAGAUUGUGUGAGGCUUUGGGAAUAUGCGUUAUGCAAAGAGGAUGCUAUUUUGGGUUUCUGUGAUCAAACCUUCUUGAUGGAAGAGAAGAACCCAACUCCCACUUACAAAUCUCUCUCGCUCUCCCUGGUUCAGAAAAAGAGACGUGAAGUUCUUAUCAUGACCGCCAUUGGAGGCGUUAGGAAGAACUUGAAGGAUUUUGAUAAAGAAGAAGGUGAUGUGGGGAGUAUUUUGUUAGGGCACGAGUUUAAGAAAUAG